AAAGUAGGAGUGUCACCGCGAAGACUUGCUACGCUGAAAACUACAACAAAAUUUAGCCAAAAUUCGGCGGUUCCAGUUAGAAGCUCAAGUUGAUGCGAGACGAGAAAAAUGGUGGGAGAGAAGUCACCUUCCUUUUUGCUUUAACAUUCCACCUCUCUCUCUCUCUCUCUCUCUACGUCUCUCUCUCUCUCUCUGCAACCCCAAAUCAAAUUUUAUAUAUCUAUCACCAGCGAAUUCCAAAUUCCAAACUCCAAUCAUUCUAUGCCCCUGCUUCCAUCUCGUCUUCUUCCUCUUCUUCGGCCCCCUCCCUCGCUUUGUGUAUAUAUAUAGAUUUACACACACGCAAACAUACGCAGAAGCAGAGACACAGGCCUAUCUCUGUCUGUGUAUGAUUCGCGUCUCUUUUGCAGCUAAACCAAGAUAUAGUACUCAGUUGAAUUUUAGACUCAUCAUUGGUUUGGACCCACCCCGUGAAGAUGCCUGGAUUGGUUAUGGAUGGAUCAACUAGAGAUGGCUUGGCAAAUGAUGCCAAUGGAGGCUACACUGCCUAUAAAGAAAACUCUACUCAUAGGAAUUCUCCAAGGAGUCCUUUGAGUCCACGGAGUCUUCAGAGUCCUCGGAGCGACUCCAUUGAUCUGGCUAUUGAUAGGGUGGUUGAGACCUCCAUAGAAGAGCUAUAUCGCAAUGUCUAUGAGAUGCAAAGCUCUGAUCAGUCACCCUCGAGGCGUAGCUUUCUAUCCUAUGGCGAUGAAUCAAGAAUCGAUUCAGAAUUGCGCUACCUUGUGGGGAUUGAUUUUGAAGAAGUGGAAAUAACCAAAGAGGUAGUGACAGAGAAUAGGAAACAAGAUAACGAUGGCAACUUGGGUUUUGAGGAAGAAAAUGGAUCUACAAACAAAAAUUCUGCUAAGAUAGAUAAGACCCAGUCUGUUGCUGCAGUAAACUCCAAGAGGUUUGGCCGGUUGCAGUUAGAACCAGAAUCAUAUGCAAAAUCAAGUCCUAAGGCCAAAUCUUCCCAUGAGAGACCUCCCUUUGGUAAGCGAUAUGAGAAGAAGUUACAAAAACCAAAUGUGGCUUCCCCCAUGAGGAAACACAGGAAUUUUUCCUUGGGAGGAGGAAAGUUACCAGCUGUGAAUCCCCCUGAGGCAGGACUAGAUAACCCAGAUCUUGGCCCUUUCUUGCUUAAACAAACGAGGGAUUUGAUUGCUUCAGGGGAUAAUCCCAAAAAGGCUCUUGAAUUGGCUCUUCGUGCAGUAAAAUCAUUUGAGAAAUGUGCAAAUGGCAAACCAAAUUUAGAGCUGGUCAUGUGCCUGCAUGUUUUAGCAGCAAUAUACUGCAGUCUAGGCAAGUACAAUGAUGCCAUUCCUGUCCUAGAGCGCUCUAUUGAAAUUCCAGCAUUAGAAGAAGGUCAGGAUCAUGCGCUCGCUAAAUUUGCUGGGUGCAUGCAGUUAGGUGAUACUUAUGCAAUGAUAGGACAGAUUGAGAAUUCAAUACUGUUUUACACUGCAGGUAUGGAGAUCCAAAGACAAGUUUUGGGAGAAAUGGAUCCUCGUUUCGGUGAGACUUGCCGGUAUGUGGCUGAGGCACACGUUCAAGCAUUACAAUUUGACGAGGCUCAGAAGCUUUGUCAGAUGGCUCUCGACAUCCAUAGAGAGAAUGGUUUACCUGCUUCUCUUGAAGAAGCAGCAGAUAGGAGACUCAUGGGACUGAUAUGUGACUCAAAAGGAGAUUAUGAAUCUGCUCUUGAGCAUUAUGUCCUAGCUAGCAUGGCUAUGGCAGCCAAUGGUCAUGAAGCCGAUGUGGGUUCCAUUGAUUGCUGCAUUGGAGAUGCAUAUUUAGCUUUGGCUCGGUUUGAUGAGGCUAUUUUUGCUUAUCAGAAAGCCCUCACUAUGCUUAAGUCAACUAAAGGAGAGAAUCACCCAGCAGUUGCUUCAGUUUAUGUCCACAUGGCAGAUUUGAACAACAAGAUAGGAAAAUUCAGGGAAGCCAGAUCUUAUUGUGAAAAUGCACUUCGGAUUUAUGGAAAACCCCUCCCUGGGAUUCCAAUAGAAGAGAUUGCAAGCGGUCUGAUUGAUAUUUCUGCUAUAUACCAAUCUAUGAAUGAACUGGAUCGGGCACUUAAGCUGCUUCAGAAGGCAAGGAAGAUAUACAGUACUAAUGCUCCUGGUCAGCAAAACACAAUUGCAGGGAUUGAGGCCCUGAUGGGGGUCAUGUAUUAUAUGAUGGGAGAUUAUUCUGAUUCUUACGACUCCUUUAGAAAUGCCAUUUCGAAGCUACGAGCAAGUGCAGAGAAGAAAUCUGCCUUCUUUGGUGUUGCUCUCAACCAAAUGGGUCUCACUUGCGUGCAAUGUUAUGCAAUAAAUGAAGCUGCAGAUCUGUUUGAAGAAGCAAGGAGCAUUUUGGAGAAGGAAUAUGGACCUUAUCACUCUGAAACACUAGCAGUGUAUAGCAAUCUCGCUGGCACUUAUGAUGCAAUGGGCAGAUUGGAUGAUGCCAUUGAAAUCUUAGAAUAUAUUGUUGGGAUAAGAGAAGACAAGCUUGGAACAGCAAAUCCCGACGUGAAUGAUGAAAGGCGGAGGUUGUCUGAGUUGUUAAAAGAUGCUGGAAGGAUUCGAAACAGGAAGUUUAGGUCUCUGGAAACACUCCUGGACACCAACUCCCAUCCUAUAAUCAAUGAUGGCAUCCAAGUAUUAUAAUGGCCAUGAUAUAUUUAUGAUAAUAUGUAAACAAUGCAUUUUAGGAAAAAAUGUAAGGUGGUUGCUGGGUUUGUUAGAUUCUUGUUGGUAAAUUUGAAGAAAGAAAAUCACAAUAGCGAUGCUACAGCAGCAAAGAGGAAAUUUAUGGUUCCAGUGUCAAUUAUACUGUCUUUAGGAUUCACAAAGCUUAAGUGGUUUCCCAUUGUUUAGGGAAUCAAUGGAACUCCUUCAUGUCAAUCUUUCUGUGUCUGAAAAUGAAAUGGAGUUCCAUUCUCUUCUUGUUGUACCAAACUUUUCGAUUGGAAAAAAUUGGUUGCUUCUUCUAAAA